AAGGGCUCAAAGCUUGGAACAGCGAGCGAAACAGAAGUAGAUGGACGCGCUAACAAGAACGGACAUGGAGGGGAGCCGCUGCCAGUUCUGGCUUCCCAAGAAAAACAGAUUCUGCGCCAACACCCUUCUCAACGAUUCCUUGUUCUGUGGCAACCACAACCCCAGGUCCAAUGGCCAGUGGAUUCCAUGCCCACUAGACCCUUCUCACUCUGUACUCAAGGAUAAUCUUGAAGGGCAUGUUAAGAGAUGCCCAUUACUCAAACAAGUUCAAUCCUUAGCUCUCCAACCCUUUUACCAAAAAGGCGUCAAUGCUGGCAGAGGUGAAGAAGAAGAGGAUGUGGAUAAUGUAUCUUCAGAAACCAAGAGGGCUGCUCUUUAUAGUAUGGAUGUGCCUGAAUUCUUUAAAUUGAUUGAAAAGAUUGAAUCUGUUCAUGGGUUGAUAUGUAAGGAUAUCCGUGACUCGUAUAAGAUGCCUGAAGCUUGCAAUAUGUGGAUUAAGGGAGAAGUAGAUGGGAAAUUGCCAUUUCAGGAGAAACAUGUUAUGCAACAGGCGUCGAUUCUUGGGAACUUGGAAGAAUUUGGGGUGUUAAAGAAUGAUGUUGGGAGGGAACAGUGUGGCUCUGAGGGUGCAUAUGAGGGUGAGAAAAAUGGUAUCCCUGCAGUGGUUGAGUUCGGAGCAGGGAGAGGGUACUUGACACAAAUGCUUGCAGACUGUUACGGGAUUGAAAGGGUUUUUCUAGUUGAGAGGAAGUCAUACAAGCUGAAGGCUGAUCGAUCUUUGCGACAGAAAGAGAGCUUGAUAUUAGAGCGUUUGAGAAUUGACAUUGAAGAUUUAAACUUGAAUGCUGUUGAGUCUUUGCGAGGAGUUCCUUACCUGGCUAUUGGUAAACAUCUCUGUGGGCCUGCUACAGAUUUGACUCUAAGAUGUUGCCUUGCUGAAGAUUCUAGUCCAGAUAAUGUUGAACACUACAGUAGUAAUCAAAAUCUGAGAGGUCUAGCUGUAGCAACAUGUUGCCAUCAUCUUUGCCAGUGGAAGCACUACAUAAAUAAAAAAUAUUUAACAAAUUUGGGAAUCACCAAGGAAGAAUUCCAUGCAAUUACAUGGUUUACCAGCUGGGCAGUAGAUGCUGAUCAUGGUUCAGAUCUUCCCGAUAUUAUUGAUGUCAAAUUGCAUCUAGAAUUGAUUCAAAAGGACGCGUGCAGUGGUGAUGCAAACGGAGUUGAAGAGAUUACAAGGAACAUGAAAGUAGUUGAAAGGGCGGUCUUAGGGUUUAUGUGCAAGCAGAUUAUCGACAUGGGGAGAUUAGCGUGGGUCAAGGAAUGUGGUUUUGAAACACAACUUGUCAGAUAUGUCCCUUCUAGUAUCUCUCCGGAAAACCAUUUACUGAUUGCCAGACAUGCUACUAAGUUUUGAGAUGCCUUGGGUUUUACUUCUAUUCCAGAUUUUUGUGCUGCCGAAUUGGAUGACAGAUGCUUGCAAAAUAAGGGGAAGACCACCAGAAUGAUGCCGGCAGAAGAGCUUCCAAUGGUUAAGUCAGUAAAGAAUUUGAAGUGGGAGGCUGAAUAGGGAGAGUGUUUGGUUUUGGAUGCCAUACCUUUUUUAUUUGUGUGUAUUAUGACCUUUCUUAUGCAAGACUCCUUUGAGGUGGUUCCUAGUGAUUGUUGCCUGAUUGUUUGCAACGUAAAGGGCUUUUAGCCGUGCAACAAUUAGUAGCAUGUCCUUCACAACCUUGUUGCUACGUGGGCCUUUUUGUCAAUUGAACCCCUUGUUUAUUUAUUUUUUCUAAAAUCCAAAUAAGUAGGGAUA